AUAAAAAAAUUGGUCGGUUGCUGGCUAAGAUGCAGAGUCGUAUGGAAAAUUUGAAAGACACUCGCGUCGUUUUUUUUAAUUUGAAGAUUAUUUUGAAGAAAGUAAAUGAGGAACUUUCUAGAAUUAAUAUUCUAGGUGAAGGUUACACCGUGUCAGAGUACGAGAAUUUAUCUAUGAUUAAAGAUUCUCAUAUGGAAAUUUUCAAUAAGCGAGAAAAAAAAAUCGAAAGUCAUCACAAUAAAUGUGUCGCAAUAAUUGACAUGUUAUCAAAAGUCAAAGAACAAUCGGUGAGUCUAGAUAAUGAUAUUUUGAUUUAUAAAAACAAACUUGGAGAGUUGGAAGAAAUUAAAAAUAAAUUGCAAGUUGAAUUUAAUAUGCUGAGACGUCAGAAAGAUGCGAAGAGAAAAAAAAUAUUAUCACUGCAGCGGAAACUUUUCUCUGUGACCCCGGAGGUGAUCAAAGAAAUGUCAAGCCGCGGGGUUGAAUACGCGAAGCUUAGGUCUAGAAUACAGAGCAUGAAAGAAAGCGAUGAUUAA